AAGCACCUGGGAUUUACUUGAUUCUUCCAAUUUCUUAACCGGCGAUCGCCAAUCCUAGGUUUAACAGGUAACCGGUAAUAAGCAUCUCUUUCUUUUUUCUCCUUGAGGCCUCCUCAUCUCUUACUCUCUCUCUGAUCGUCUUUUUCCGCUAGGUUUCUGAGAUCUUCCAUUCGUCUCGAAUUCUCUUAAGUUGCUACGAUGAAGACAGCAAAGGGGAAAGAUAAAGUUAAGACCACAAAGGAAGCCUUGAAGCCAGUUGAUGACAGAAAGGUGGGAAAGAGGAAGGCACCUGCUGAGAAGGCUACUAAACGAGAGACUCGUAAAGAGAAGAAGGCUAAAAAGGACCCAAACAAACCGAAAAGAGCUCCUAGUGCCUUCUUUGUCUUUCUAGAAGAUUUUAGGGUCACGUUCAAGAAAGAAAAUCCAAAUGUGAAGGCCGUCUCUGCUGUUGGGAAAGCUGGAGGGCAGAAAUGGAAGUCAAUGUCUCAAGCUGAAAAAGCUCCAUAUGAAGAGAAAGCUGCAAAGAGGAAAGCUGAAUAUGAGAAACAAAUGGAUGCAUACAACAAAAACAUGGAGGAAGGGAGUGAUGAAUCUGAAAAGUCUAGAUCUGAGGUGAAUGAUGAAGAUGAAGCCAGUGGGGAGGAAGAACUACUAGAGAAGGAAGCGGCAGGUGAUGAUGAAGAAGAAGAAGAGGAUGAUGACGAUGAUGAUGACGAGGAAGAAGACUAAACCGGGGAUAGAAAUCAGAUUUUGUAUCUCAAGCUUAACUGCGGAUCCUUAAGCAGAAGUAAGUAUUCUGUAAUUUGUGUGUCGAGAACUAUAGAUCUAAAAUCGUGUGUUUUUUGUUUUUCUUUUCCUAAGAAAGCGAAACAGUUGUUAGCAUCUAUCAGGAUGUUUGGUUUCAGCUUUUUUCCACAACAAACAAUGUACCAAUGUUUGCUUUAGUGAUCACCCAAACCAAAACACAAACUAUGUACAUGUUAAACUCUCA